UUCGUCUUUCAAUCUCUGUUCUCUCUGUCUCACUUUCAGAUCUCGCCAUGGCCUUCGCUGCUCUUCGAGUGUUCCUCAUCUUGGGCCUUUUGGCUACUUCCUGCUUUGCUCAGGCCCCAGGAGCUGCUCCCGCUCAGCCCCCAGCUGCAUCCCCACCGACAGCCACCACACCUCCUCCCGCCACCCCACCGCCCGCGACUCCUCCACCUGCUACUCCACCUCCCGCUGCCGCGCCUGCUCCCACCACUCCUUCACCAGUGGCUUCUCCUCCCUCAGCCACCCCUGCUGGUUCUCCGGGGCCAUCCUCCGAAUCACCUGCUGGCUCCCCACCCGCCCCUGCUGCUGAGGGCCCUUCAACCGGCGCUGCCGGCCCUGCUUCUGGGCCAACCGCCGGAUCUACUCCACCACCCUCUGCCGCAUUCUCGGUCAGCAAGGCCUUCGCCGCCGGGACUGCUUUUGUGGCUACAUUUGCGGCCAUGGCUGUGAUUGCUUGAAGCUAGGGAAGGAAGGAUUGGUUUUUCAUGGGAUUCGUCUGCCGCACAUAGAUGAGCCGUUGAUAUUGAUAUUUAUGGAUGGAGGGACGAGAUCUGUUUGAUUUUCUUCUGAGCGUUUCUUUCUAUUCUUCCGAUCCGUUUCAUAUCUAUUGAUUUUGAGGGUUUUACUUUUUCUUUAAUGGUGUUUUUAUUUGUUGGUUGGGAAUUGGGUGAUGAUGAUGAUGAUGAUCAUUGAUCUGGGGAUUCAUAUUGUUUGUGUUCACACGUGUAUGUAGAUGACUAUCCUGAUCAUUUCGGUGUACAUCUAAUGAUAGAGUAUGAAU